AUGCAACAAAAUCAAGGCUUGAGAUUUCUUUCUCCGAAUUCAGUGAUGGUUCUAUCAGUGAGUCAUCAGAAAACAUUAAAUAAUAAUACCACCAUUCAAAUUAGAAAUGAAUUGUUCAAGUUGGUAAAUCAGGUUUCCUCAUCAUUUGGUCCGAAUGGUAAAUUUAAAUUAAUUACUGAUGUUCAUCAGAGUCAAAUUAUUACGAGGAGUGGAAGUCAGAUUUUAGAAUUUAUUAAAACUAAUAAUCCAAUAGUACAAUAUUUGAUAUCAUUGUUUAGUGGUGUUGCGAGUGAAUUUUGUGAUGGAACAAUUUCAUGUUUAGUGUUGAGUUAUGAGUUGUUGGAUUUAAUUUGUUCAGAAUUUGGAAACAAGUAUGAAAAUAUUAAUACCAUUUGUAAUUAUUUACAUCAAAUUAUGGAAAGAAUGUUUAAUAACAAUUCAGAUAAUUCAUUAUUAAAAAUUAAGAUUGGAACGAGUGAGGAAUUAUCAAUUUUUAUCAAAUCAAUGAUUAAUAUUCAAAUUCAAAGUAAUCAUUUAAAAAAUUUAAUUUAUGAAUGGUUUGAAUAUUCAUCAAAUGGGUUUAAGAAUUUACAUUUAAUUUCUGAAUAUAAUUUAAAUAUUUCUAAAUCUUUGGGAAAGAUAGAUGAUAGUAAAUUAUUUAAAAAUUCUUUGACAUUACAAUCACUUCAGAAUUUGAAUAUAAGAAUUUCGCAACAGGAAAAGGUUAAUCAAUCAAAAAUAUGUAUCCUCAGUUGUGAUUUGGAUCAAAAUAUUGCCAUGAAAAUAGAUUGUAAUGUAAUUAUACUUGUUGGAAAACAGUUUAACAUACUGAGUAGAAGAUUUAUUCAAAUUUUGAAUGAAAGAGGCGUUUCAGUAUUUUUCUAUCAAUCAAAUAGUAUGGAUUUGAUAUUCAAACUUGUUGAUAUUUUGAAAAUGACUGGAAUAGCAACUUGCUUUGAAAAUCUCAAAGACUAUAAUUAUGGUCUUUCAAACAUGAAAACUAUUUUCAAGAAUAAUGGUCAGCAAUGUGAUUUAACUUUUGACUUUCCUAAUAGUAUGCAUGAUGAUGUAUUUUCCACACUACAAUUGAAAUCAUUGAAUCAAGAAAACUUGAAUCAAGUUGAAUUUCAAAUAAUUAAUUGUAUUAGACAUGUAAAACAUGUAAUUGGAAGAGGAGAAAUUUCAGCAAUAAUUGGAGGAGGUUCAUUUGAAUGCCAUUUAUCUAAUAUUGUACAAACACUUGCCCAAGACAAAGAGGAUGAAUUGUUUAAGAUUAUUGUGACCCUCGUCUCCAAGUCACUGCUCACCAUUCCAAAAAUGUUGUUGAGGAAUUCACUACCCCAAUUCAACGAAAGAUACUUCUUUCAACUACUAGAAGAACUAGUCAAGAAAAAUAAUGAGGAAUAUGUGACGUUUAUUCAAUCGACAAGUUCUAUACAAUCGCUAAAUGAAAAGCCUCUUUCAUUGAUACAGAGAAGUGAGUUAUUCCAACACGCAUCAACCACUUACAUUCCUCUUGAAUCUUUUUACAACAGAAAACAUAUCAUUCAGACUGCCAUCCAGAUUGUAAUCAAUAUUUUGAGAAUGGAUACUAUUUGCUUUAAUAAUCAGUAG